AUGAUGAGCAAAACCAUCAAAGAAGCUUUUGUUGUUCAAGAAAGUGAUGUAGAAAAGGGAAAUACAGAGAAUUCACAGGAUGUUAUGCAGUUGUCUGACAAUCUCAGUUACUGUUUCAGUAUGUACAACCAGGUGCCUUGGCUUUCACUGCUAACAGUAAGAAGUUCAGUUAGAACAGAAAAACCUGAAAAGAAAAUUUAUUGCUGCCCAGAAGUUCAGUGCAGUGCUCCUGCAGCCAAGAGGAUGCUCCUCCAUCCUAUCAUCACACUUAUAGUGACUGAUGACUUGCAGAGACAAGUAACUGCUAUGGAAACAAAAGCACAGGUUUUGGAGGCUGAAUUAAAUAGACACAAAAAUGGCAAUGCUGGCCAGUGGCUGUUCAAGCAUAAAUUGCUUCCUGUUACCACUUUGGAUGGGAGGAGAAUGAUCCAGUUCAUCUCCAUGGGAACACAAAGUGGUAGGACACCUCCAGCAUUACUCUUUGCACUGUUUCCAGUAAAAGAAGGCAAUAUUUACUCCACUGUGACACACCUGAUUGGCAUUGCACUGGCCGGAGAAAUCAUGUUGUCUUACUCAUCCUGUGUCCUUACAACACUGGCUGCUUUGUUAGUGACUUGCCAUGCAUUGAGUAAAUGUCCAGGAAUUUCUGGGCUACCUGGUAUCCCUGGAAGAGAUGGUCUGAAAGGUCUGCCUGACUCUCUGGCCACCAAACACCACAAUGCUUUAGAAAAUUUGAAACACCGACUUUUCCAACUGGAGGCUGUGCUUGCUUUGAAUGGAAAAAUAAGAAAAGUAGGAGAGAAAAUUCUUGCCAGCAACGGGAAGAAAGUUGACUUUGCAUCUGCACUGCAAUCCUGUGAAGAGGUUGGAGGAACUCUUGCAGCUCCCAAGAACGAGGAGGAAAAUAAAGCUAUCAUGGACAUUGUGAAGCAGUAUAACCAAUAUGCUUACUUGGGCAUCAGGAAGGGGGACACUUCAGGUCAGUUUCAGUAUAUAAAUGGCAUGCCUCUGAAUUAUAGCAGCUGGCACCAGCAUGAGCCUGAUAGCCAAGGGAAAGAGAAAUGUGUGGAGAUGUACACUGAUGGUACCUGGAAUGACAAAAAAUGCAACAAGUAUCGUCUCACAAUCUGUGAAUUUUAGAACGGCCUUUCAGCCACCUCAGAGUAUGGAGAUAAUGAAGCAUCUGUGUUUCAGGUUGAUAAAAUUUCUGCAGUUUCUCUGUAUCCUAAAAUAUAAAAUGAAUCAUAUUGUGGUAUUGUUUAGCCUUAGGAAAAUUCCAAAUGUGCUGGGUGAUUAACAUGAUUAAAAUGUGCCUGAACUGA